AUGGCUGGGACAGACGACGAGAGCCUGAAGGCGCACUACGCGCCGUUUCUAUCAGAGAGGGAUAAAUACAGAAAGCAGUAUUCUUUCUGGACGAGGGAUCUUCCCGACGAGGACAGGAUCGAGCUGGGCGGCGGGAUGCCGAACGUGGGACUGUUCCCAGUGCAGUCGAUUGCGGUGCAUCUGGUGGAUGAGCCGUUUCAGGGCGCGCGGAAGUCGGACUUGGUGAACCAUUGGAGCCAUUUUGACUCCCCGGAGGGGUACCCCAUCGCAAGAUCUUUCCAGUAUGGAGAGACCAAGGGCACCCAGUUGCUCAUCGAUUUCGUCAAGCACAUGAUCGGAACGCUGAAUAGGCCGGCGUACGACAAUUGGGACUGUAUACUGGCAAAUGGGUCCUCGGACGCUAUGUUCAAGGUCUUCGAAACGAUUUGUGACUCGAGCACGACCGUGAUGAUGGAGGAAUUCACUUUCCUGCCCGUGGUGUCGAAUAUCAGAGCUACGGGUGCUACUUGCAUACCAUUGAAGAUGGAGCUAUCAGCCGACCCUGAGGAGCAGGGCAUAGAUUGUGACUAUCUGGGCGAUUUGCUCGAAAACUGGCACUCAAAAGAAGGAUACAAGCACUUAAACAAACCAAAAGUUUUAUACACUAUUGCAACAGGUCAGAAUCCCACCGGUAUGACUUUGUCAAUGGCUAAAAGGGCUAGAAUCUAUGAACUGGCCCACAAACAUGAUCUUCUAAUAUUGGAGGACGAUCCGUAUGGAUACUUGCAUUUCCCAAAAUACGAUCCAUCUGACCCUUUGAGGAAUCCUUAUCAUGGUUUAUCCACACAGGAUUAUAUUUCCAAAUUUCUGGUUAAGUCUUUUCUCACUAUGGACACAGAUGCUAGAGUGAUACGUUUGGAAACCUUCUCGAAGAUUUUCGCACCAGGUCUCAGAUUAAGUUUUAUUGUUGCGAAUAAAUUCCUGAUGGGAAGAAUUUUGAAUCUUGCUGAGGUAACGACAAGAAGCCCAAGUGGUGUCUCGCAAGCAUUGGUCUACUCUACAAUAAAAACUUAUGCAGACAGGAAGAACUUCAAUGACGAAAACGAGGCGAUGUUUCAAGGCUGGAUACAAUGGAUAAUGAAAGUUGCCGCUCAGUAUACGCACAGACGGAAUGUUACACUUAAAGCACUGUAUGAGACAGAAGCUUAUAAGGAAAAUCUGUUUUCUGUGAUGGAACCUUCAGCGGGGAUGUUCAUUGGUAUCAAGAUUUGCUGGCCAAACUCGUAUGAAUUAAAAUGUGAAACAAUUUUUGAAGAAAUGGAUGCCUUGAAUACCGUGCUUUUGAAAAGCGGUGUUAGCGUUAUCUUAGGCUACAGAAUGGCCGUUGAUGCGGAAUUCUCUGCUGAAACUUGUGAUUUUCUCAGAAUUACAAUCGCUUAUGCAAAAGAUGAUAACGAGUUGAUCGAAGCUUCGCACAGAAUUGGUAACAGCAUCAUGUCAUUCUUUACCAAGUAG